GCGACCACCCAGAAACAACGUCGAAACGUUGGCGUCCCAAGAAGUCCCUGAUGAGAAGCAGGCAUUCCCGUACUUAAUCCCGGAACCUCCCAGAUCCAUGCAUACUGGGGUAUCCGGUGAGGAAUUGAUCGUGGCCAAUGCCAAUAUCACGACUCAGGAUCCCUCCCCUUUGAAGGCGGAGUGCCCUGAGAGUAUCAUUAUUGGCAUUGUGGAGCUCGUGGACGCGGAGGAUGAGGCAUCCGUCGAAGGGAUAGUAUCUGGCCUUCCUGUAAGUCUUGCUGGCCAGUAUUACACAACUCCGAAGGACGAGGAGGAAGGAGAUAUCGAUGAAGUGGCCAAUAUUUUGUCAGCAAUGAAACCGAGUGAGACGGGUGGCGAAGUCUUUAUACCUUCGCCCGCACUAUCUGAAAAAGCGCAAGCGCUGAUCCUCCCGACGGUCUCAAUGUCUUCACUCUCGGAAGUUCCUGGACAAAUUGAUGAGCGAGACGAUGAGGAAGAGGACGAUGUCUCCGUUUUCAGUCGGAUGGUCCCAACAAGGGACGUGACUCCGAUGCCCGUCCGGCACCUCGAUGCAAGAGCGUCCACUCCUCUAUCCAACACCCCUUCAGAUCUCUUCAGUGGAGAUUAUGAUCUGGAGGACUCUCAUCCCGAGUUGGAACCUGUCACUAUGCGGAACCCGUUUGAGGGACUGGCGCUACCGACGAGACAUGAUUUUCGUCUUCCGGUUCACCUGGAACUCAGUCAGCCUCCAGCCGUUGGCCAUCACGUCGAGAUGGUCCCACCUGUGGAAGUCUCCGACAUCACCAGUGUGCCAGUGAGCCAACCUUCGUUGAUAGUACCACAUCGUCCUGAACAAAACGUGGGAGUCGCGUACGACUCAGGUUCUGUGCUCCAAGAUGCGCAGGAGCCAGGGGACGGCAUUAGUCCUGCAAGGGGCCCAACAGACUUGAAAGCAGAGACUCUUUUCCCGCGGAUCAUUGACCAGGAAGCAGAGAGUACACGAGUGGUAACUGAUGUUGAAGCACAAACCGGGCAACGGUUUGAGGAGGAGCAUGUUAUGCUGGAAGUUCUCCGUUCACCUUCAGUCACCGAACCAACAGCAGAAAUUAAUGGUGCCUCUCCCCUCGAGCGGGAAAAAGAAUUUGUGGCAGAGAACAUGGUUGGAGAGCCAUUAUCCGAUGCACUCGAAAUUGUUCCUCACCACCAUGGCCCAUCAAUCAUUCCUGCGCGUAGUGAGACUCAAGCAAGCAGAACCUCUUCUUCAUAUGUUGGACAUCGGCCUCUCACUAGAGCACAAUGUCAUUGGGAGAAAAUCCGCGUAACAAUCAAAGACACACCUUCGAGAGUUUUCUUCGUGACCAUCUGCAAUAUCAACGAAGCGCAAGAACUGGACGGAAUCAUCCGUGAAGGCCCCGCUGUCCGUUCUGAAUGGGAUCAAGCUCUAGAAGAGAUUCCACCUCUGAUCGCGGAGGGCAUGGCAGAUGUUCUGGCCAAGUUGGAAAUGUACAUCGGCACCUCACCCCUAGGAGCGGCUCGCUGGUUGCCCGUGGCGCAAGAUGAGGUUGAAGGCGUGCGAGCAGAAUUUGCGAAGCUAGAAUAUACCCGGAAGGUCCUCAAGCGACCUCGUACUGAGGAUGAAGAAGGGAAAGAUUCUUCUGAACCCCUGCAGAAGAAACCACGCACUCCUACGCCAUUGGACCCGCUGGAUACAUCAUCAAAGAUCAGCUCGGAGCCACGCAGGACACGUUUGCAGUUAACGCCUUCGUCGAACACUAGGGGAAAAGGUCAUCAAAAAAGCCUGAGCGUCGAUGGCCGACUGACGCCGACUCGAGAGAUUCCUGAUGUUACUAGGAACAGCAGUUCCACUAUCCCUAGGUCAAGCGCGCUUUCUUCAUCACCUGGUUUAGCUCGUUACCCGCUGCGCAGCCAUGACCAAGAAGAGCACGAAGAGCACGAAGAGCGGGAAAGGCGAGAAGAGCAGCUGGCUAGCUCAAGUAACACCCCAAGUACUCCACCACGUCGUACCGUAGGGAGGCGUAAGCAAGUGGGAGGGUGACAGAGCUGACUCUGAAGACGUUCUCUCAAUUGAAGUGGCGAACCUGUCACCAAGUGAAGGCCCAAAAAGGAGGUGCACAUGAAGAAGACCUCCUGGUUGGCAUGUGUGUCCCUUCUGUGUUGUAUCUGAUGUGCCCUCAAAUACAUCAUAACUAACAAUAACCUCUUCAUCUUUGUUACCUGUUGUGCCAUAUUU